UGUCGUGGUUGGCCAGUCAGCCUCGGUUCGGUCAGUCUCAUAACAAGAGUCAAGAGAGAGGGGUUCCAUAAAUCCAUCCUUGUCGGUGGGGUCUCGUCCACUUGGUCCGUCUUCUAAUUCUGCAAACUGCAACCGGCCAGCCCAAGCCCAAACUCCUCUCUUUACUAUUUAUUCGCUCUCUUCCUCUGUUUUCUGAGUGCUGUCGCAACAUUCCAUAUUUCCAUUCCCACUCGUUAUUCAUAACUCACAGUUCUCUGUCUGCUGAACCCUUCCACCACCGGAAUACAUCAACAAUGGCAGAAUCGUCGACGUCGGCCCAACGAGCAACCCUCUUCUCUCCUUACAACAUGGGGAAAUUCAACCUCUCCCACAGGGUUGUUCUUGCACCCAUGACCAGAUGCAGAGCUUUGGACGGAAUACCCCAGCCAGCUAACGUCGAAUACUACAAGCAGAGAUCCACACCAGGCGGAUUCCUGAUAUCCGAAGGCACUACCAUCUCUCCGACAGCCGCCGGUUUUCCGCAUUGCCCAGGGAUCUACACCCACGAUCAGAUCGAAGCGUGGAAGAAAGUGGUGGAUGCCGUCCACGCCAAAGGCAGCGUUUUCUUCUGUCAACUGUGGCACGUUGGACGAGCAUCCAAUCAAAUCUAUCAACCGGGUCGGACCGCUUCUCCGAUCUCGUCGACCAACAAACCAAUUUCUGGUCGGUGGAGAAUCCUGAUGCCGGAUGGAACCUAUGGAAGCUAUGCUAGGCCUCGAGCCCUAUCAACCGUUGAAAUCCCGGAGAUCGUCCAGCAGUACCCCCAGGCGGCCCUAAACGCCAUCCAAGCCGGUUUUGAUGGCAUUGAGAUCCAUGGGGCACAUGGGUACCUUAUUGACCAAUUCCUCAAGGAUGGGAUCAAUGAGCGAACCGAUGAGUACGGUGGGUCAAUCACAAACCGGUGCAAGUUCUUGAUGCAUGUGGUCCAAGCGGUGGCAACUGCCAUUGGUCCAGACCGGGUUGGGGUCCGGAUCUCACCUGCAAUUGACCAUCUAGAUGCCAUGGAUUCCGAUCCGCUCAGCUUAGGACUAGCCGUGAUUGAGAAGCUUAACAAGCUCCAGCAAGAAUGGGGCAAGAAGCUGGCUUAUCUCCACAUGACUCAACCCCGGUACACGGCUUACGGCCAGACGGAAUCAGGGCGGCACGGGAGCGAGGACGAGGAAACGCGGUUCAUGAGAGCGUGGAGGAGGGCUUACGAGGGCACCUUCAUCUGUAGUGGUGGGUUCACGAGGGAACUGGGUGUGGAGGCUUUGGCUCAAGGGGAUGCGGAUUUGGUGUCGUAUGGGCGUCUCUUUAUCUCGAACCCGGACCUUGUUGAAAGGUUUAAGGUGGAUGCGCCCUUAACUAGGUAUGUUAGGGCUACAUUCUAUACCCAGGAUCCUGUUAUCGGGUAUACGGAUUACCCGUUUUUAGGGCAAGGACAGGGGAAGUACCAACGGAUAUCUCGCCUCUAAUUUGCUACUAUGGAGAUGGCUGAUGAUAAGUUGUAGUGUUUGGAAAGACUAUGAUGUUUGUAAUCCUUGCAUAUGGUUGUAAUAUUUUUGUAAGAGAAUUCAAUUAUAAGAGGUUGUAACAGGAAUUUGGGUAAUUCUCAAACUAAGGGGAUAUGGGUGGGUGGAUUUACAGUAGAAUGGGUAAGUGUAUUAUAGUUGAUGCAAUAUGGCACGUAUUGGCGUUUUGGGCUUCCUUGAAACCUUAGUUAUGAUUCAUUGAGAAUCCUCUGAUUCCACUUC